AAUUUUCAUUAAAUAGUGAAAACACUUUCAAUAAUAAUAAUUAAUGGGUUAGGAGUGAUUAGGUUUAGGGACACACACAUGUCACAGCACCUACCAAUUCAAUACCCCCCACUAAUCCAACAACAUCACACUAGCCGUCACCCAAAACAAUAAGCAAACAAUAUAUAUAUAGAUAUUUUUUAGGACAACAACACACAGGUAUGGACAGACAACAAACAACACCAACAGUCAAUCAUACCAACGAUGAUGAUAGUAGUAGUAGUAGUAGUAUAGAUCCAGAAGCCAGACGGCUAUUGAUGGAAAUGGUCGAUAGGGUAGUCGAUGAGGAGUCGGAGGAGGAGGAGGAGUCGGAUGUAAACAACAACCCCUACACUACCGCCGAUUCACAGGAUUUACAACAGGAAGAAGCAGCAGUCAGACAGUUAGUAUCCGAAAUGGUCGACACUGUAGUCGAUUUGGACACUAGUCGUCCGCCCAGACCUAGACGGCGAACCAAAUCAUCAAUUGGGAUGACGCCCACGCCCACUGAUAGCUGGUAUAGACCACCAGCACCAGUACCUGCUGUACCAUCGAUACCCACCGAACCGUUGGCACCAGUACUUGACAGGACAAGUUGGUCGGUAGACAAUCUCGAUCGAGUACAUCAGUCAUUGUUGGGGUAUAGACCACCCGUAACACCACAGAUACCUGAACCGAUUAGGCCAGUAGUUGUUGACCACCGUCGCGGCAGAUAUGGAUCGGUAGACAAUCUCUAUCGGUUGUCGUCACAGCAAUCGUUGUCACCGGAUUUCUAUCGGUUAGUUGAACCCAAAGCCCGACGACCUGAUCAACAGCAACAGCUCAGACAGUUAGCACCCAGACUACCGUCGUUUUUCGAUACCGAAGCCGGUUCAGGAUCUCCGCCACACUUGUUUAUGUCGGCACUGGACGGUUAUGUAGGUAAGGGCAGCGGCAGCGGUAGUCCAGGUAAACACAGCAGAAAAGGUGAACUAUUCCAACACAAUGCCGAUACUAUCGAAUCCGUAUCGGUCGAUGACUAUAGCCAACUGUCCCUGGAGUUGGCUUAUUAUGGUUUUCAUUUGGAUAAUCAGGAUAUUAUUGGCAGGGGAUCGACAGCAUUGGUAAUUACCGGUACUUAUGGACCAAAUAUUCAUACAAAUUUGAUGUCUAGUGAGGCCGAGUAUCUCAAUGGUGACGACCGACUCCUGGAAGUACGGGUUGGCCAAAAAUUUGCCGCUAAAUAUACCCACUAUACCCGUACUUCUACCAAUCAUAAGCGUUUCCAACUGAACAUGGAGAAGCUAGUAAUGAAACAGAUCGGCCGUCACCCGAAUUGUGUUACCUAUAGGAUGGCUAUCGGGUUAGGUCAUCGGGAACUGAUUGACUACAAUGGCAACCAGUUCUAUAGCUAUGAACAUAACCUACUGUUGAUGGACUGGGCCGACCAGGGUGAUCUGUUGCACUUUAUUUAUGAUUCAGGUCAAUAUACAGCUGAACUGUGCGUACAGUUUAUGCGUGAACUGUUGGCCGGGCUCAGGUAUCUACACAGUAUAGACAUUACACACGGUGACAUACAUACGGGUAAUGUAUUGAUUUUUACAGUCUACGACCAACCAAUCAACACCAACACCAACAAUAAUCAGAUAACAACAGUGCCAGGUAUACCAUCAGCACCAUCAGCACCAUCAGCACCAUCAGCACCAUCAGCACCAUCAGCACCAUCAGCACCACCCGAACCAACCUAUGUGGCCAAAUGGGGUGAUUUUGGUUUUGCACAGAUCAGGGUAUUGGCCGACGGCAAUCAAUAUACGGACAAUGAUAGUGAACAUCGGAGACUAUUGUUUGAUGAUUUGAUCAGUUUGAGCCGUUUGUUUAGGACAUCGAUGAUAUUGAGACCAAAAUAUCGAUUAGACAUUGAAAAUCAUCCGGAGCUUAAUGAAUGGCUACAGUUAGCCGACUGUUUGCUAACUAUUACCAAUGGCGAUAUCAAUGUAAUCUAUCAACGAUAUCCAUAUUUAUUAGGGAGGGGAGGGGAGAAUAGUUAGUUAGUCAGGUAAGGGUAGGG